AUCUGAGACUUCGCUCUAACCAUCUUUCAUAGAGAGUAGACGAGCAUUCGGAUUGUGAGACAAACUCCAUUUACCCAGGAGUGGGCUGGCUCUCCAAGCUCUGAUACAAACAGUGAUUUGAGAAUGGAGUUAGUCUCCUUGUACGGAGCGCUCGCCUUUCAAAGUCGACUUUCCUCACAUCGUAGCAUUUAAACAAGGAAGUUUUUUUGCCAACAUCUUGUGGGGAUAUUUUUAUGUUCGCUGGAGCAGCACAAAGAAAAUGAGCAACAUCUAUGAGUCCGCAGCCAACUCCCUGGGCCUCUUCAGCAGCCCCUGCCUGACCAAGGUGGAGCUGCGUGUCAUGUGCAAGGGGAUAUCUGACAGGGACACCCUGUCCAAGCCCGACCCCUGCGUCGUUCUCAAGAUGCAGUCACACGGACAGUGGCUGGAGGUGGACAGAACAGAGGUGAUCCGGAGCUGCAUAAACCCCACCUUCUCCAAAGUCUUCACGGUGGACUUCUACUUCGAGGAGGUGCAGCGUCUGCGCUACGAGCUGUACCACAUCAGCAGCAACCACAACGGACUGAAGGAAGCUGACUUCCUUGGAGCCAUGGAGUGCACACUAGGCCAAAUUGUAUCCCAGAGAAAACUCUCUAAAUGUCUGCUGAAACAGGGAAACACAGUGGGGAAGGCUGCUAUUAUGGUCACCGCAGAAGAACUGUCUGGCAAUGAUGACUAUGUUGAGCUCUCAUUCAGCGCAAGGAAACUGGAUGACAAGGACUUCUUCAGCAAGUCUGAUCCAUUUUUGGAAAUCUUCAGAACAAAUGAUGAUUCCACUCAACAGCUUGUGCACAGAACAGAGACUGUAAUGAACAACCUCAAUCCCAUCUGGAAAACCUUCAAGGUCUCUUUGAAUUCACUCUGCAGUGGAGACCAUGACCGCCAGCUAAAGUGCGCGGUGUGGGACUGGGACUCCAACGGGAAGCACGAUUUCAUUGGAGAAUACCAAGCAACCUUUAAAGAGAUGCGAAUGGCAAUGGAUGGACGUCAGGUGCAAUGGGAAUGUAUAAACCCCAAAUACAAGAUCAAGAAAAAGAAUUACAAGAACUCUGGGAUUGUAAUUCUGAAUCAGUGCAAGAUCAUCAAGAUGCAUUCUUUCUUGGAUUACAUCAUGGGGGGAUGCCAGAUACAGUUUACAGUAGCUAUUGAUUUCACGGCCUCUAAUGGGGAUCCCAGAAACAGCUGCUCAUUGCACUAUAUCCACCCAUAUCAACCGAACGAGUACCUGAAGGCCCUGGUCGCUGUGGGGGAGAUCUGCCAGGACUACGACAGCGACAAAAUGUUCCCUGCCUUUGGCUUUGGGGCUCGAAUACCUCCAGAUUUUAAGGUCUCCCAUGAUUUUGCUGUGAAUUUCAAUGAAGAUAAUCCUGAAUGUGCAGGCAUCCAAGGUGUGGUGGAGGCAUAUCAGAACUGCCUUCCCAAGAUCCAGCUGUACGGCCCCACCAACAUCGCCCCCAUCAUCCAGAAAGUGGCUAACUCUGCGUCUGAGGAGAUGCACACCAAGGAAGCCAUGCAAUACUUCAUCCUGCUGAUCCUGACAGAUGGUGUCAUAACUGAUAUGGCGGACACACGGGAAGCUAUUGUCCACGCCUCCCACCUACCCAUGUCCGUCAUCAUUGUGGGCGUGGGCAACGCUGACUUCAGCGACAUGCAGAUGCUGGAUGGGGACGAUGGCAUCCUCCGCUCGCCCAAGGGUGAACCUGUCCUGAGGGACAUCGUGCAGUUUGUUCCAUUCCGCAACUUCAAGCAUGCAUCUCCUGCAGCCCUGGCCAAGAGUGUUCUAGCAGAGGUUCCCAACCAGGUGGUCGACUACUACAACAGCAAGGGGAUUAAGCCCAAGGACCUCAGUGACUACGAGUGCUCCAGGACAUUUGGCCCAUAACUGCUCAGCAGUUUCCAUAAAUCUAUACAGAGAUUUCAGCACGUUUCAGCAAUUUUUAAACGAAUAUUUUUUUGCAUGUGCAGUCGUCCAGGCUUGCAUUUGUUAUGCAGUGGUAAUUGUUGAAGACGUUUGUAUGCCAAAUUAAAAACUUAAAAGAACCAAACUGACUACUUUGAAUAAGAGCAUGUCAACUUGGAAUCAGUUGAAGAAAUAUAUGAAACGUUUGUGUUUGUUUUUAUACAAGUUUGUUGAGAUUUUGCUAAAUUUCAUAAUAUUCUUACAUUGUAAAACAUUUUGGAUCCUUGAGAAUUAAUAGCUACAUGUAUUAGACAUCUGCUCGAAGUGGACUUUUUGCAGAUAAGGCAGAUGCAUGAAUUUUGCAUGUCGAUAAUAAAAAAGACAUUUUUUCAUUGGU